AUGAAGGCACCGAGACCGCAGCUUUCGCUGUGGGAGAAGCGAGAUCUAGUGUUUCGCUUGCUCUUUCGCGCUCCUUUGCAGCUCAUCUGGAAUUUCGCUUAUGGAAUGCCCUUUGCCGCCGCAAGAGGCGUUUCGGUCUGGUUCUUUGCCAUUUGCGCAUACUACCGCUUCGCGCUGGGAUGCAUGCGAGCGCGUGAAAUCCAGUUUCUGCUUCCUCCAUCACUAAGAACGUACGAGAAAUGGAUCGCCAAGAAGAGAAAGAGGCAUCCGGAACACGCUGGCAAACUGAAAAAGCACAUUGAGAUGCUCCCGGCGAACGACGGCUCGAUCAUGUGGAUCGGUGACAGACAGAAGGCGACAAAGUUCGUCCUCUUCUUCCACGGGGGCGGCUACGUCGUACCACUACUCCCUGGUCAUCUUGAAUGGUGUUGGGAAUCCUACGUUAAUGGCGGCCCUGGAGAGCACGCAGAGGUGGCAGUUGCCGUGCUGCAAUACACCCUCGUCCCCGAAGCGCGAUACCCUACGCAGCUCCAGCAAGCCAUCGCGUCCCUCAAUCAACUGAUCCUGUCGGGCAUUGAGCCCCGCGACCUGAUCAUCGGCGGCGAUUCCGCUGGAGGCAACCUGGCUUGCUCCGUCAUUCGCCACAUCUGCCACCCGUGCCAUCUCGAAAUUCCGGCCUUGAGACUCGAAAGCCGUCUUGCGGGCGUCUUCCUCGUGUCUCCGUGGCUGACCAGCAAGACGAAGGCGUCUUCUUUCAAGGAGAACAACUACGUCGACAUGAUCAAGGCCACAGCCGUGUGUAAUGGAACGGCCGAGCUCCUCCACCCACGGUUUCCCGUCAGAAACAAAUCCGACGAGAGUGAUCUUGCCAUGGCAAUGCCGAUGGACGGCGAUAUGGCCUGGGUGGAUGACAUAUCGACGGCGACGGCGAGCCUGUACAUCACCGCGGGUCAGCAAGAGGCUUUCAGGGACGACAUCAGGUCGUUUUCGGAGCACCUGAGCUGUGGGAAUAACGAUCUGGAUCUACUGCUUGAGCUGUCAGAACACGAGGCUCACGAUUUCAUUUUGCUCGAGGGCCAGACUCGUCGGGUCGGAGACGCAACGGUUAGGAUGAGAAAUUGGGCAGCGGCGCAGCUCGGGACGGGCCGUAGUCCGGUGUGA